ACCUUAUUAAAUGCACUGCCGUAAUUCCAGUGUGGCCAGCUAGUAAGCCAGCUAAACGUCUUUUUCCCAAGCGUGUGGUCUCAUUUUGCCCUAGCAAGCUAACUAGCUGCAAGGUCAAUUUGCAAGCGCUAGCUAGCACUCAUACUAACCGUGGUGCGUGAAUAUUUAGCUAGGUUUAGCCGCUGGUUAGCUGGCUAGCCGGACCGCUAUCUUCAGCUGUUUGUUGAUGUUACUGCGUUUGCUCCGGUUUAUUUUUCGUCUUUACUUUUGGUUGUGCAGUGCUAUCUAUUAGGUCGUUUCUAUUGUUAUUAUUUCUCAAUGUAGCUCAUUUCCAAGCAGCAAGCAAAUGUUACGCGUGUGCGUAAAUAGCGUUGCUUAGCAUUAGCUCUCUGUGUUGUCUAACCUAGUCUUCCCCCGAAAAGGAGAUUGACAGGGCAUUCACAAAAUGCUGUUUUUAUUGUCUGCUUGCUAGGUCAUUAACAAUCGCAAUGCAGGAAGGUAUUCGUGUUACUGCUGGCCAGCAGUUAUCUGAUGAUGGGACGUUGGAGGUAGUUGGAGCCUGGUGACAUGCAUGUCUGUCUGGCUGUUAUUUUACCGGAUGUUUAACCAUUAUAAUAGAGAAAGUUUUGGGGGGGGUGUGUGUGUGCGCGCGCGCGUGCGUGCGUGUUGCACUGUAUAGGCAUAAUUCGUUGUGUUACUGUAGUUCAUUUGCCGGCUAAAAAUUAACUAGUGAUAGGUGGAAACUUAUGUACUUUGCGUUUUGUUAGGUUUUAAAGUAGCUAACAGUUUCUCUUGUGUUGACCUGGACAGGUGCACCUUCGUCUCUCUGUUUGCAGGUCAGGCGACAGGCAGAAGCAGUCGUGAUACCACUUUGAUGUCUUUCUUUGUGAGAGGCUAGCAGUGUAACAGGAUGCCUCAUGGGAAUGACUCCUGCAUGAAGGGACAUGAAACGGCCAGUUAUAUCUCCUGCUUGAUUCACCUGUGGGAGGAGUGGGUUGGACUGGGAAGUUUGGAAGAUUACUUCAGCUACCUUGAUUACUUGGUUUGGGUUUUCACCCCCUUAGCUGUUGUCUUCAUCCUGCCCUUCGUUAUUGUCCUGUUCCUGUACCUUUCCAUCCUAUUCCUCCAUGUCUACAAGCGCAAGAAUGAACUCAAAGAGGCAUAUUCCAACAACUUGUGGGACUGUGCAAGAAAAACACUGGCCACUCUGUGGGAUGGACAUGCGACUAUAUGGCAUGGUUAUGAAAUACAUGGUUUGGAGAAGAUACCGGACAAAGGCCCGGCCCUUAUUGUUUAUUAUCACGGAGCUAUUCCAAUAGACUAUUAUUACUUUCUGGCCAAUGUCAUCAUUCAGAAGGGGAGAACCUGCCACUCUGUUGCCGACCACAUACUCUUCAAGAUUCCUGGGUUCAAGCUGCUGCUGGAGGUGUUCAGCGUGAUGCACGGGCCCCAGGAGGAGUGUGUGAAGGCCCUGCAGAACGGCCACCUCCUGGGCAUCUCUCCGGGAGGGGUACGGGAGGCCCUGUUUAGCGAUGAGACUUACCCUCUUCUGUGGGGCAAGCGCAAGGGAUUUGCUCAAGUGGCUAUCGAUUCCAAAGUGCCCAUAAUUCCUAUGUUUACACAAAAUGUCAGAGAAGGAUUUCGUUCUCUUGGAACUCUAAGUUUUUUCAAAUGGGUGUAUGAAAGAUUUCGAUUGCCAAUUGCACCAGUAUAUGGAGGUUUUCCUGUGAAGUUUCGCACAUACUUGGGUGAUCCAAUUCCAUAUGAUCCUAAUGUAACUGCAACUGAGUUAGCAGAAAAGGCACAGCAAGCAGUGCAGUCUCUUAUUGACAGACACCAAAAAAUACCUGGAAAUGUUCUUCGGGCCCUUUUAGAAAGAUUUCCCAGAAGACGCAAAGAAGAAUAAAUAUGUUUUCCCUUCCUGUUUUAUGGUGAAGGCUCAUACGGCUUACUUUACUGUGUUAUGUGGGUAAAGUGAUGGUAUUAUGAGAAGCAGAGUAUUAUCAGAACAGUUUUUUUUUGUUGUUUUUGUUGUUCUCCAGAUCAAAGCUAACGUCCAGUGGGUCUUUAUAUCGUGUGUACACUUUCAAAAAAGUUUUAAAUUUGGGUGACUGGACCCAGCAAUGCAUUUGCUGAAAAAUUUUGUAUCAUUUGUAGUGGAGUGAUGUCAAUUAAGUACUUGUGGAUAUAUACAUAUUUAUGUGGAUAUAUACAUAUUUAUAUAUAUAUUUGACUGUCUAUGCUUUCUAAAUAAUGUUAAUGCUAACAAAGAACCUCUACUCAUACAGUCAGAUUUGUUCAAAAGGAGGCCAUGUUAAGGUUGGCCCACAGGAGCUGUGUGUGUCUGUCACACAGGCUAUAUUUCAUAUUUGGUGCGCUAGCCUAGCGUUGUAUACAGGUAUGCCCCCUGGACAGGUUGGCUCUUCAGAGUGCUUCUGCUUGACUCACUGAUUAAAUCCAUUGUCCGGUGGUUUGGGUAGACAUUAUCCAGAGGCUACUGAACCUGUUCAGAACAAAACUGCCAAAGUUUUUUAGUUUGUCAUUACAUCAGAUAUCUACUGCCGUGUAAUUGCAUCAAAAUUUCUGUGUUCAAAUUGGUGUGUAUUGCAAAUGGUAAAUGAAAAAGGAAAAACCCCAGCAGACCCACCAACACAGUAGACUGAAGAGUGCAUACCAUUCACACUUUGAGACAUUACAUGUUUUUUAUGCAAGUCAGUUUCCAACGUCUUCAGAUUUCCACUGCCAGGAUUUUGGGGGAAAUUUAAUACCUUUCCAACUGUGCUGGCAGAAUGUCCACUGGAGUCUUUUUUUUAGCAGAUAUAGCCUUUUUUUAAAGGUGAUUAAAAAAAAAUAGUGAAUCUCGAUUUGCUGGGUCCGAUUCAAUAUGUGACGUGUUGAUCUAGAUAUGGUAAGAAGAAAUGUAAUCUCUACAUACCAUUAGGAUUUGUCUUGUAUUCUGGCACCCUCACGACCACUGGGUCUUAACCAUGGUGCUGUGCCUUUCUACGCUGUUCAGAUCAGUCUCAAAAUAGUUUUGUACUGCACACUGCAUCUUCAGUAAGCCUUGUAAGAGUUGGUGUAAUAUGUCCAUAUUACCAUGUUGUGUAAUAGAAUAUGGGUUUUGCAGUGAAAACCUGUCUGUGACAGUGUCUCUGUAGGAAUGCCUUGUCUUUUCAAUAACCCCAUUCAUCUUUCGGACACUUUGUGUUCUCUGUUGUGCACAAACAAAACAGAGCUGGGAAUCAUUUGAGUGUCUUGGAGUCUCACAGGUCAGUAUACUGCUGUAUGAUUACAGAGUAUAACAAAUUGUAUUUGAAAUAUCAUGAAAUUCUGUAGUUGAUCAAAUGUAAAAAAGAGCUAUUUUCACUUUGAUUCUUGCACUUGUCUAUAUUUUAUUGAAAAACUGUGUGUAUAAAAUAUUACAUUUUAGUGUAAAUGUUUCUUUCCAUCAUCGCCUCGUGCAGUAUGUUUUUUAAUGAAUGAUUUGAAAAAAAAUUCAGGUUGAAACAAAGAAAUACAUAGAAUUUUUUUUUUUAAAGAAACAAACUUCCAAAAUGACUUAUGUUCCUUCUUUUUUAAUUAGCCAGAUACAUAUUUUCAAGUUGUAGGGGUCUUCAGAUGUUGUUUAAUGAUACCCAUCCUGCACACAUCCUGUCUGAGUCACACUAAACUUUAAUAUAUAAUACUUAAAAUGUAAAAACGGUGGAAAAUGAAGAAUUUCGUAUUCAUCAGAGAUGCUAUGCUUAUAAAUAUGCUCUUUAAAAUGGGUUCAUUGGCAAAAUAAUUAGUAAAACCUUAAAAAUGUCUGUACAGAAAAUAAAUGUAUUUCUGAUUUCCUUGUAUGCAUGCAAUUUUUUGAAUGCAUAUACACUUACCGGCCACUUCAUUAGGUACUUGCUAGUAUUGGGUGUGGUCUUCCGCUGCUGUAGCCCAUCUGCUUCAAGGUUCGGCGUGUUGUGCAUUCAGAGAUGCUCUUCUGCAUACCUUGGUUGUAACAAGUGGUUAUUUGAGUUACUGUUGCCUUUCUAUCAGCUCUAACCAGUCUGGCCAUUCUCUUCUGACCUCUGCCAUCAACAAGGCAUUUUCGCCCAGAGAACUGCCGCUCACUGGAUAUUUUUUCUUUUUCGGACCUCUGUAAACCCUAGAGAUGGUUGUGCGUGAAAAUCCCGGCAGUUUCUGAAAUACUCAAACCAGCCCGUCUGGCACCAACAGCCAUGCCACGUUCAAAGUCACUUAAAUCACCCUUCUUCCCCAUUCUGGUGCUUGGUUUGAACUUCAGCAGAUCGUCAUGUAUACAUGCCUAAAUUCAUUGAGUUGCUGCCACGUGAUUUGUUGAUUUAGAUAUUUGCAUUAACGAGCAUUUGAACAGGUGUACCUAAUGAAGUGGCCGGUGAGUGUAUAUGGAAGCUGAUUAUAUAAAAGCAGUGAAUUUCAAAUACUGUUAUAUUUUAUGAAGGUGUACAAGUCCAUGACAGUGUGUAUGUACUGUAUGAUAAAUGUGUGUGAAAUGCUUACUUUUGUUGUACUUGAAAUGCAUCCCUCAUUAAUGCCUCUUAUACGGGUUAAUCAGUCACAAUUAAAAAUCAAAUUUUAUUUGCACUGAAACAAUGAAUAAAUGUGUACACACACACAUUAAAUGUUAAAUACUAGGCAGCAUGAAGAAAGGAUAGUGGCUAUUUGUCCAGCUAUGGAGAGCCUUGAUCACAGGAGAUUGUGGCAUUUCCCCAAAGUUUUCUCAGGAGACAUAAGUCCUUAUAACCAGGAAGCUAUACUUGCCCCCGUAGAUGUGAUGUAAAUGCUUUAAACUGGUUGAUAAACGUGUGUGUAAUUAAUUCUUCAUACAGUGUUUUAUUUGAACGCAUAAUGUAUAAUUGCCCACCAAAAUACUGUUCCUGGAGAUCUACCCGUAGGUUUUCAUUGCAACCCUAAUUUGCAGGUCAACAAGAUUUCUUGCUGUUGAAGGAGGUGUUCUUUGUUAGGGAUGCAGUGAAAACCUACUGCAUGGUAGAUCUCCAGGGACAGAGUUGGGCAGCCCUGGUCUGCUCCAUGGCCUAUAAAAUCUAUAGAGAUGAUGUGGCCAAAGCAUUGACACUGGAUCACUUUUUAGUUUUUGCACAGACAUGUCAAGGUUGCUGAUUCUGAUUCAGUGCAUGGGGGCACCGUAUAUCAAGAGCUGGGGUGUCCAAUCUUGUGUGAAAAAAUGCUGAUGUGGGUGCAUGUUUUGUUUUAGUCCAGCACUAUGACACCUAAUUCAUCUCUUUAUCUAAGCAUGGUCUUCAGUCAAGACCUUGAUAAACACUGAAACGGAAACCUGUACCCACAUCGGCCCUUUUCGGAUAAGAUUGUACACCCCUGCUUUAGCGUGUGCCUUUGCAGAGAGCCUUAAGGCUCAUCUAGCACCCCCUGCUGUGUAUCCCAUAUAGAAGGAUCAGUCUUGUUUUUAACAUGCUUUGUGUUCCUUUUAUUAUUGAGCUGCAUGUACAUUAUUUAAUUCCUACAUUUGCAUGUCAAGCAAAUAAUUACUCGCUAUUUUAAAUGCCUUCCUAUGCCAUAAGUACUGCUAUCAAAGAUGGCAUGACAAAGCUGUGGCUAACUUUAUAGAUUCUGUUGAAUGGAUCAUUCCCUGUUUAAUUGAUAUGUGCUCUUCAUGCUAAAUAAAAUUACCUGUGUUUCUCA